UCAAAGAAAAAAGGUUUAAGUGCAGAGGAAAAGAGAACCAAGAUGAUGGAAUUUUUUUAUGAAAAGGCAAAUUAUUUUAAAGAUUUCUUCCAGCUGAAAGAAUUGGAAAAAUUGUGUCAAAAGGAAAAAGGUAUCACCUCGAUGUCAGUGAAGGAAGUUCUUCAGAGUUUGGUGGACGAUGGCAUGGUGGACACAGACAAGAUUGGGACGUCGGUUUACUUCUGGGCAUUCCCAAGCAAGGCCAGUCAAAAUAGAAAAAGAAAGUUGGAUGAACUGAGUGUGAAGUUGGAAGAGAUGAAGAAAAAAAAGAUGACAUUGGAGGAAUCCAUCAAAGGAGCUGCUUCUGGCAGGGAACAAUCUAAUGAAAGAGAUAAAGCUCUACAUGAGGUUAACGAGUUGAAAUCUACGAAAGAAGAACUGUUGAAGGAGUUGGAAAAGUACAAGGAGUGUGACCCAGAAGUCAUGCAACAAAUGAAGGUUGAAACCACUGUAGCCAGGGAGGCAAUUAACAGGUGGACAGACAACAUAUUCUCCUUCAAGAGUUGGAUGAAGAAGAAGUUCAUGUGUGAGGAAGCCACGAUAAACAAACAGUUUGAAAUUCCAGAAUCUCUUGACUAUGUCGAAUAA